GCUGCCCUUUGCCCUUACGUCCCCUCAAUCUCAGACCAAUAAAGCGACUCUUUAGGUUUUUUGGUGUCUAUGGCGGCGUCGUCGUCAUCGACUACUUCUUACUCUUCCUCGGAUUCUUCGUCUGACGCCUCUUCCUCUCACGCCAAACGGCGCCGUCAUCGCAGCAACCGUCGCGACAGAGAUAGAGAUUCUCUCAAAAUCCAAAAGAAGAGUCGUUCGUUAGGUAAACGCCGUCGGAGGAAGCAUCGCCGCCAUUCUUCCGAUUCUUACUCUUCCCAUGACUCGGAAUCCUCCAGAAGUUACAGUUCAUCAGAUAGUGAACAUGAGUCCAGUCAUUCAAAGAGGCACAAGAAAAGUGACAGGCAAAAGAAGUCAAAGCAAAAAGAACGGAGCAAGAGUCAUCGACAUAAACGUCAAAAGCACAAACUGAAAGAGAAACAGCAGGAUGAGCGAAGUAGCAGUCCUGUGCAGCUUUCUAAGUUUCUUGGGCGUGACAAGGAUGAUGGUGCACGCCGUAGUGCUGUGUCUGGCAAAAAGAUUCUCUUGAAACUUGACAAGUCAAAGGAGGACAAAGAGGCUGAGAGUAAAAGAAAUGAAUUGUUGAAGUUCUUGAAUGCUAGUUUUGAUUGACUUGGUGGAGCAGAAAGUUCAAAUUGUAUUAUGAAGUUAAGAUUGCAUGGAAGGCACUCGACCUUCUUCAGCUUAAAAAGUCUAGUUAUUUCUUAAAGUCAUAUUUAUAGGCCAAGGAACUGUUGAAUAUUUGGUAACUUCAUCCUAGAGGCAGAAGUUUCAGUGGUGUGUUUUAUGGAUUUGGUGCUUUCUUUUAUACAUUGACUUUAUGUGACCAACUUUAUAAAUUCAUCCGAGUAUUUCAUGCGA